AUGAUGGACGACAGGAGUGUCUCGAAGACAUCGUACGACUAUCACAGCAAAAGAGUGCACCGAUUGAGCGGUUCUUCGCACUCGUCGACGCCAUCUCGAGCUGAGAAGCACAUGAAUGACACUCAUAUGUCAGCAAUGGUUGCCUGCGGACAGACACCGCACGAAAUGCCUCCACAAAUGGUGUCCAAGACAUACAUAAUACCGGUGAAUCCGGACGAGACACCAGUGGACAGGGAGUCGCUGUUUUCGUGUCACUCGAAAGAGACCAAAGAGAUGGCGGACAGCGGGGAGACGAGUGGAGUGACGGGUGGAUCCGUUGGAUCCGUUGGCACACCAUUACUGCCCAACGAUAUUGCGUGUAUAGUGAAUGAGUGCUCGUAUUCAGCGCCCAAUAAGUCAGGUCUCAUACGACACCUCUCGCGCGUCCACUCCAUCGCGCCCUUUGAAUGUCAGUACAUAUCGUGCGGCAAACUCUUCGCCAACAAACCGGAUCUCGAUCUCCACGUGAAUCGCAUUCACCUCAAGAUCUUUCACUGCCAUAUCCACGGCUGCGGGAAGCACUUUAAGAGCCUCUGGAAUCUCAACAUCCAUUUGAUGACACACUCGUCUGAGAAGCGCUUCAAAUGCAAUGUCGAGGACUGUCACUACCAGUGCAUCCAGAAGCGCCAUUUGGUCGCACAUAUGUACAAACACUACGGCUUAAAGCCCUUCCACUGUAGCCAUGAGACGUGCGAUAAGAGCUUCUCGACCAUCGGUUCCCUGCGGACGCACAUGAGUGAAGUACAUGUGACGGAACGCCAGUUUGUGUGCGACUUUCCCGGCUGUGAUAAAGUGUUGAAAACCAAUCGAUAUCUCCUUCAACACAAGAAGUCUCACCUGAAAGCCAACGCCGCGGCCGCCCAUGCCUUCAAAUACGGCACAUGA